AGUAGUAGUAGUAGUAGUAAUAAUAAUAAUAAUAGCUGUGUAUUAUGGCAUUCUAGGCUUGCAGUUUUGUCAGGAAGUGCACGCUGGCUGAGGGCCUAAAAAAAACCCCAUAUCAGAUUCUACUGAAUGUUGCCUUAGCAGUUAAAGUGGAACAAUCACACUGUAAUUGUGGAGUUUGAAAUAGCUCCUGGAACUAUCAUGGGAAAUAAACUAACUCUCUUCACCUAUGUUUUUUUUUUUUUUGCCCUCCUCCUGUGAACAAAUGAGAAGCUGUCCUCACCAGUUAGAUUGCCUUUCUAUCUCCUUUUUCAGGUACAAAAUGGUCUGGAUGAACCAAACAAACCACCCUGACAUUGUCCUUUUAAGCCUCUCCAGCCAGUUUGAACAACAGGGUCUAUUUUUCCUAAUAUUUCUCUUGGUCUACAUGUUGUGUCUUCUGGGGAAUCUUCUGAUUGUUGUACUCGUUCAUUUUGAUGACCACCUUCUCCAUACUCCAAUGUACUUCUUUCUCAGUCAUCUCUCCCUAGUUGACUCCUUCUUUGUUUCCACCACUGUACCAAAGAUACUGUCAAAUUUGAUAUCCCAGACUAAGACCAUCUCCUACAGAGGGUGUUUGACCCAAAUGUAUUUCUUUUUGACUUUGGGCAAUACGGAUAACUUCCUCCUGGCUUGUAUGGCAUACGACCGCUACGUGGCUAUUUGCCAUCCAUUACAUUAUACCACAGUGAUGAGUCACAAGGUUUGUGUCUUUCUAGUAUCUGGCUCUUGGAUCUUUUCGUCUCUCCACUCCUUGCUCUACACACUUCUGAUCUCACGGCUUUCUUUUUGUAACUCUUGGGAAAUUCCCUACCUCUUCUGUGAUGUUUAUCCCCUCCUGGAUAUUUCCUGCUCUGACACAAGGCUCAUUAAGAUCCUGGCACUGACAGAAGGCAUGGUGGAUAUUCUAGGACCUUUUGCCCUCAUUGUUAUCUCCUAUGCAUGCAUAUUUCAUACCGCAAUGAAAGUCCCAAUGGCUGGCUGUCAGCGCAAAGCCUUCUCAACCUGUGGCCCUCACCUGGCUGUCGUGGUCUUGUUCUAUGGCACUGUCAGCUGCCUCUAUUUCCAGCCUACCUCUGCUUACUCAGCCCAGAAAGGAACUUUCAUCUCUCUCCUGUAUGCAGUGCUCACCCCGACCCUUAACCCCUUCAUCUACAGCCUGAGGAACAAUGACAUCAUGGCCUCCAUGGCAAGGCUACUAGUCAAGUCCAGGGCUGUUUUGAGGAAGUGAGGCUCUAGAGCAGUAAGGAUGAUGGAGAGAGGAGAAGAGGUGGUGCUGGCGAAGAUAGCAGAAGAGGAAGAGGUGGUUACCAUCUUGAUGACUGCUCUUAAGUUGCAUAGUCCCCUUCGUCAGGAAGAAAGGCUGGUUUCUUCUUUGCUCCUCCUUCUGAUGAUGGGCAAAGACCUUUUUAUUUAGGCACACAUUUGGACAAUGGCCUGGCUUAUUAAAAAGGACUUUCAAAUGAUGAAUGUUGUGUUUUUAAUUGAUGUGUUGUACAUUUAGUGUUAACAUUAGUUUCAUUGUCUUUUAAAAUUAUCACCAUUUAUGUUUCCUGUACCUAUUCUUACUCUUGCUGUAGCAUUUAAAGUAUCAUCUGUGCUAGACUGAAGAAAUUCAAACACAUAGCUAUGUACGUUUGGAUCUAUGUCCAAGGGAUCUUGGCCAAGGGAGCCCUCUUGAAGUUGGGGUGUUGGUUCUCUUGGCUGGUUCUGGCCCAUCUUACCUGUCCGAACGUAUCUCCCCCUAUGAGCCUUCUAGAACUCUUAGAUCAUCGGGGGAGGCCCUGCUCUCGGUCCCACCAGCCUCGCAGGUAAGGCUGGUGGGAACGAGGGACAGGGCCUUCUCGGUGGUGGCUCCUCGGCUGUGGAACACCCUCCCCAGCAACAUACGGCAGAUACCAACUCUCCUAGGCUUCAGGAAAGCCUUAAAGACAUGGUUGUGCAUACAAGCUUUUAAUGAAUGAGAACAUGGACUUUACAUGACCUGUACGAAGACUUGAGGAUUCUGGAUGAAUGGAUUUUAAUCUUGGACAUUCUUAAAAUUUUAUAUAAUGUGAUUUUAUUUUGUAAUGGUAUCUGUUUUAUAUAAACUGUUGUUUUGUAGAUUGUUUUAUAUGAAUUGUUGUUUUUACAUUGUUUUUAGGCAUUGAAUUUUUGCCAUUUACUGUAAACCGCUUUGAGUCUCCUCGGAGAGAAAGGCGGGGUAAAAGUGAUGUAAAUAAAUAAUAAAUAAAUACAGCAUCUGCUUUCUGCUUCCCAGCCAACCUCAUACCACAUUCCAAUAACUCCCUCCAUGGCUUUUAGCAAAAGCUUGGCUUUUAUGGUUGAUGGAGUGAAGUGAACAUGGGCAACAAUGAAAAGACUUCUCUGUGUGAUGGCAAUUCAGUGAACAGUUGAAAAGGGAGACACAUGUGAUGGGGAGACAGCACUCCAAAUGGAGGCUGAAUGAUUGAGAGGGUUGAUUCCUCAUGCUACAAGGACAGUCUCCUACGCUUCAUGAGCUCAAUGUGAUAAGGUCAUAAAUCUUCCAGGAUGCCCAGAGGAAGUGACUGUAGUGUUACACUGGGGAAGUUAGAGAUCCCUAGAGAGAACAUUAUAAUAAAAUCAGUGCAUAAUCAUAUCAACAAAAGUCAAAAUCACAAAUGUGGAUGGACAACUUGGUAGUAGUAAGUGGCUGGAUUUACACUGACAUGUAAUGCACUUUGAAUUUGCAUUGUAUGAUCAGUGAAGAUCUACGUAAUGCAGUCAAAUGCAGUUAAACUUAAAAUUGUCAGGUCUCUCAGAGCUGCUCUGAAAUAUGGAAUAGAUACAGAAUUGCACCCAAUAAAUUACAACUUGUUACAGGGUAUGUUCUUAUAUUGUGUGAGUAUUUUAACACAACUUUACUCAUUUUCAUGUAUGCCAGCUGGCUGAUGUUGAAGAGUGUUUAAGUGUUUAGGUGCACUACUCCCCUUCACUGUUGGGUUUUUAAACGAUUAGCUUUUACACUGUUUUCAUCAAGAUUUUGUUUUAAUAGUCCAUACGUAAAGACGAAAUCUGUCACUUUAGCAAUGGGUUUCUAUGCUGUAUUACCUAGAAUUAUAGAAUAGUGUCACAGAGCUGGAAGAGACUAUAAGGAUAUCCAGUCCAACCUCCUGCCAUGUAAGACACAUAAUCUAAGCACU